GGAUUUAAAUAUUAUCUAAUUCAUAACUCUUAAUAUCUGUAUCUGGCUUCAAAAGGCCAUUGGUCAGACUAUAGCGACUUUACUUCAGUUCAAGCUCAGCCUCAGCUGUUAACUGUAACUAAUGCAAUUCACAAUGUGUCCUAAUCCAAAUGCUUUGAUAGUGCGUAGGUGUUUCUUUAUUCCAACCCCUGUAAGCACACAUACUCUGUUUUGUGCUCACACACAGCUAAUCUCUGAUCGCAUGACUUUACCCACCUAAUGUUUUUCCAUCAUUUCUUUUUCUUUUCCAAUUAUCUUUUGCUGCACAACGCUCUCCUCUUCUCAUUCCCUUUGCCCGCCUGUCCUUUUUAACCUCAUUUCACUCUCACCUCACCUCUCUGCAGUCAGCUGCCCCUUUGCUCUUCACCGUCAUAAGUGGAGCAGGAGACUGCAGCACAGCACAGCACACUGUGAAAGAGGAGGUGGUCUUUUGUGUAGUGCAAUAUGAGAGGUCUUUUUAGAUGAGCACAGCAAGAAACUAAAAACUUGUACUCAAAAGAAAAAUAUGCCCCCUAAAGUGCAAGCUGUAAAACAACACACUUAAGUAUCUCUUAAAAAUAUAACAAGGGGUUGGGUUUUGUUUGGCUAAAAUUAUCUGUGCCCAAAAGAAAAGAAACAGCAGUGUUUGGAGAACAUUACCCAGUGAUGGUGAUUGGAGGUUGUGACAAAGAUACUCUACUACACUCUCAGUGAGUCUCUCUAUGGGUGAAGCACUUUCUUCAACGUUGUAAUCAGCCCCAGAGGCUGUGCUUCCAACAGCCUUUACUCCUCCCCACAUCCCGCGCCAUCAUGGGGGAGGUAGUCCAAAUGCACUUCACCACGGUGGACUACGUCAUCUUUGCCUUGCUGUUGGUAGCCUCAGCUGGCAUCGGCCUCUUCUACGCCUUCUCCGGUGGGCGCCAGCGCACAACGCAGGAGUUCCUGAUGGCUGACCGCUCCAUGAGCUGCCUGCCAGUGUCUCUGUCCCUGCUGGCUACUUUCCAGUCGGCGGUGGCCAUCCUGGGAGCUCCGUCUGAGGUGUACACCUUUGGGACUCAGUACUGGUUCCUGGGCUGCUCCUACUUCUUGGGCCUGCUCAUCCCAGCUCACAUUUUCAUACCAGUCUUCUACAGAUUGCGGUUGUCAAGCGCCUAUGAGUAUCUGGAGCUGCGCUUUAACAAGACGGUUCGCAUAUGUGGGACUGUGACCUUCAUCUUUCAGAUGGUCAUUUAUAUGGGGGUGGUCCUGUAUGCUCCAGCCUUGGCACUCAAUGCAGUGACAGGUUUUGACCUAUGGGGGGCAGUGCUGGCCAUGGGAUUGGUGUGCACUUUAUAUACUGCUCUGGGGGGUCUGAAAGCAGUGAUCUGGACCGACGUGUUCCAGACAGUGGUUAUGUUUGCGGGACAGCUAGCGGUCAUCGUGGUGGGGGCCAAUCAGGCAGGGGGCAUAGCAGAGGUGUGGAGGAAAGCAGUCAAUGGCAGCCGCAUAUCUGGACUAGACCUGAACCCAGACCCUCUGGAGCGUCACACUUUCUGGACUCUGGGUGUGGGAGGAGUCUUCCUGAUGUUGGCUCUGUACGGGGUCAACCAGGCCCAGGUCCAGAGAUACCUCAGUUCUCGCACGGAGAAAGAGGCCAUCAUGUCCUGCUACGUAGUUUUCCCGUGCCAGCAGAUUGUCUUGAGUUUAGGCUGUCUGAUGGGUUUGGUAAUGUUUGCUCGCUAUGGAGAGAACAGCCCUCUGGACAAGGGCUAUGUCAAAACUAAUGACCAGAUGGUGCUGUACUUUGUGAUGGAUGUGUUCAAAGAUUUGCCCGGCCUCGCAGGACUGUUUGUGGCCUGUCUCUUCAGUGGAGCUCUCAGCACCAUCUCCUCAGCCUUCAACUCUCUAGCAACAGUAACCAUGGAGGACCUGAUUAAACCACACUUUCCAAACAUGACAGAAGCUAAAGCCACGCUGCUGUCCAAGGGACUUGCUUUGGUGUACGGCCUGGUGUGUCUGGCUAUGGCCUAUCUUGCCUCUCUAAUGGGAUCUGUGCUGCAGGCAGCCUUCAGCAUCUUUGGGAUGGUGGGUGGUCCUCUGCUGGGUGUCUUCUGUCUGGGAAUGUUCUUUCCCUGGGCAAACCCUACAGGUGCAUUGGUUGGGUUAGCAGCAGGCCUCGCAAUGGCCUUCUGGAUCGGCAUCGGCAGCUUCGUGAUGCGUCUGCCCGGCCCCACCCCGUUGCCACCACUCAACACCACCGCUCUGCCCCUGUUCGACAACAUGACCACCACUGUCAUGACUACACUGGUCAGCGCAGCUAAGCCAAGGCCGACAGGUGUGGAGGCACUCUACUCAUUGUCCUACAUGUGGUACAGUGCUCACAACUCAACCACUGUGGUGGUGGUGGGCCUGCUAGUCAGCCUACUAACAGGACCUAUGAAGGAGAAGGAGCUGACCCCCGGCACAGUGUUUCCAGUCCUGGGCACACUGCUCUUCUUUCUGCCUGAGCGUUACAGAGAGAAGCUCUGCUGCAUCACUCCUCUGGCUCAGAAGCCUAAAGAAAUCAACACACAGCCUUAUCAGAUGGCCAAGAGAGACCGCAACGGAGCAGCUUACUGCAAAGAGGACACGGUCACAGAGGACAAAGAGACAGAAAGCGACAGAGCACAAACAGAGGACGAAGACUUGGAGACGAGGAGCGUUCUGCCCUCAUGCCAACUAACAGCUCACACGGUUCAGGAGACAGCCUUGUGAUCCUUCCUGUCUUCUACUUAUAACACGCACAAGACGCACACAUACACACUUUGACCCCCAGCUACUGUACUAACAGCUCCUUGGGGGGCAGGGGGUGCGUCAAAAGACAGAUCAUAGAUGUGAAGUCCAUCACUAAGUAGAAUGUCCAGAAAGUCUACGGCACCAGGGUUGGGUGUUUUACAAUGACAUAAUCAGUUGAAUCUGAUUAUAGAAAAGGCUUAAGGACUAUGGCAGUAUCUGCAUGGGGAACAGGUGUUUUAUUGGUACCUGCUCACAUUUUUUGCUAAAAAAAAACAACUGGAAUUCAACUUUUGCCAGGCUGGAACUGUACAUUGAAAGCCCAAAUGGCAGCAGUCAAAGAAGAGAUGAGUCUAGUUAUCUCCAUUAGGAACACUGACGACGCCAUGCACCCACAGGUUUUGAGUCUGUACAGAUGUGUGCAGAUGUAUGUGUGCAAUUUGAAGAUAGAGUGGGGUAGCUCCCAUGCACAAUGCUGUGACUGGAUCCAGUCGUUCUGUGUAACAAAAGAAUCAGGUAGUUAAUAGAUCCAAUAUGUAAAAUGUGUUAUUUUUGUAGAGAAGAUGGAACCACAAAAAUCAGUAAAUGUAAGAGAAUAUAAUAUAAAAA